AGAAAUUAGAGAUGGCUUCUUCAGCUUUUUUAUGUACGUGUUUCUGUUUUGCUUUUGUUGUGGCUUGCUUUGCUCGUGGCAUCCCCUCAGAUCUAAAAGAACCAAGAGACUUUGAAGAGCUACACAAGAACCCAUCUUCCCCAGACCAGAUUCCAGCACAUGUUAAGUCUUCUUUCAUGGAGAACUUUAUAGACUAUCAUGGUCCACACACGCACCCAAAUCCUCCUCCACCAAAUCUUGAAGAGAUACUUGUUGAUGUAGACUAUCAUGGCCCACACACGCAUCCAAAUCCUCCUCCAUCAAAUCUUGAGGAGAUACUAGCUGAUAUAGAUUAUCAUGGCCCACAUACACACCCAAAUCCUCCUCCACCAAAUCUUGAGGAGAUACCCGCUGAUAUAGACUAUCAUGGUCCACACACGCACCCAAAUCCUCCCCCACCAAAUCUUGAGGAGAUACUAGUCAAUAUAGACUAUAAUGGUCCACACACGCACCCAAACCCCCCUCCACAAAAUCUUGAGGAGAUACGAGCUGAUAUAGACUAUCAUGGCCCACACACGCACCCAAAUCCACCUCCACCAAAUCUCCAGGAGAUACUAGCUGAUAUAGACUAUCAUGGCCCACACACACACCCUAAUCCCCCUCCACCAAAUCUUGAGGAGAUACUAACUGAUGUAGAUUAUCAUGGGCCACACACGCAUCCAAAUCCUCCUCCACCCUACUUCUAGGGGCUACACGGAGAUAUAGACUAUAAUGACUCAUACUCAUCCCAACCCUUUGAAUAUAUGAUGUUAUAAGCCAAUAUGAAUUGGUUUAUACCAAUGAAUUAUAAUUGGUUAUCAGGAAUUAUUGUAAUUUUAAAAUUUAGUAUCCUUGAUUUAGUGGUAAAAGAUUCUCAUAUAUCAUGUUGGGAUCUUGCAUCAUGUACCCACUUAAAUAAAAGAAUUUCAAUAUACACAUCUUUAUUCAAA